AUGCCCAAGUUAUGGUCAACGUGCGGAGCAAAGAUGCAUCGGUUGAAAGAAAAAAUUUCAAGCCGGUUGCAUCGUUCUCGACAUAAAGAGCCUGCUGCCGAUUAUCAGUCCGCGUCACCAGACUGCAAGCGAAGUGACCCCAUUGAACCCGCAAAGGAGCCCUCACAGAAGAGAAGUACGUCUGCAUCGGAUGAGGUGUUAAUCACAAAUAAGGAUCAGCAUGAAGAGGCUGUGCCUCGAAACUUUACAGAAAAAAGAAGGUCACUAUCAACCAGCGACACCCGACGUGAGAUCAGCAGUGUCAUAGGUGACGAUAAGACCCCCGAUUCCAGCUUGCCCGGUUAUUCGAAGGAGCUAAAUGACGACAAGAAAGUACCUCGAAAUCUCUGGAAGGAGUCGUUUGACAAGCUCUCUCAGAAAACACAAGGUCACCUUCGAGAUUUGGGCUACGAAACGAGUUUGGACACAAAGCAAGGAGAUCUGGAUGGUCUGCUUAAGGACCUCCAGGAGAAGACGGAAUUUCGAGAGAAGGAGGCCUGGAAGUUCAAGAAUGAUCAUCUUGUGCGAGACUACGCUGCCACAUGCGCGACGUGGGUGAAGCGGACCGGGGACCUUGUCGUUCCGUUCGCACCCUCGCAAGCUGCAGGGCCCUGGGGGUUGAUCAAGGCGGCUUUGGAGAUCCCGGUAAGCCUUGCUGCUAAGAUGACCGCCUUACUUGGGGCUGUAGAGCGAAUUCUGCAGGCCACAUAUCGUGGCAGACUAUAUGAGUCCGCUUAUGCGACUGAAAACGGUGACUUUCCUGAUCCUCUACGCCGAGACCUUGUGAAUGUAUAUCGGGCUGUCCUGGAGUUAUUUAGCAACAGCAUUAAUAUGCUGUCGGGCUCGAACUGGGCUAUGAUCUUGGACGCAGUGUUCGACAAAGGCUCGGAUGCUUUUUCGGAUCUGAUAGCUAAGGAGAAAGAGCUCGCCGAUACUGCUCAGGCAUGCAGUGCAGCGCAGGGUAGAAAGGCAAUACAGCACCUACAGGACAUUCAAGGGCACCUACCCCGCAUAGAGGCCCAGGUUGUAGAAUGUCUGAAGGAGCUUAAGGACCGGGAGGCUAGGGAGAUACUAGAAUGGGUCUCAACGGUCAAAUAUAGGGCUCAUCAUAAUAAUGUGCGCAACAAUCGGACACUAGGCACGGGUGAAUGGCUCUUACAAAAAGAUGCAUUCCGAGACUGGGAAGAAAGCAAUUCUUCGGCAGUAUUAUGGUUGCGAGGGUCUCCGGGUGUGGGGAAAACCUUCCUUACUUCGAAGGUUAUCGAUCAUGUCCAAUAUAAUUUGGCAAGAACGUCCAAAGACGAAGGGUUUGCCUACUUCUACUGCAACCGGUUCGAGGACAUUCGAACACGGCCCCUUGCCGUGGCGCAGAGCUACGUGCGUCAGCUAUUCUCUUCCGCAAAGGAGACCAGUUCAAACAAGGCCUAUUCGAAGUACAUACAGUCUAUACUUAAAUCCACUUACGAGGACUUACGUAUGGAUUGUGCCGAUCUGGACUUGGAAUACUGCAGGGAAUUGAUGUCAGAAUUCCUGAACAUUUACCCCCGAACUACAAUGGUGUUGGACGCUUUCGACGAAUGCGAUCCUGCUUCGCGUGGUGACCUCCUUGAGCUGUUUACAGACUUGCUUUGUAACAGUACAAGACCAAUCAAGCUGUUCAUUGCAAGCCGACCUGAUGGAGAUGUUCAGCAACAGGUUCGCUCGCAUCCAAACAUCGAGAUUCAGGCGACCGAUAACCAGCAGGACAUUCAGGCCUACAUCAACCAAGAGAUGCUAAAGCUGAUCAAAAGGGACAGUGUAUUCUGCGAUCUCCAGGAUAGAAUCAAGUCAACUUUGUCAGCGAAAAGUCAAGGAAUGUUUCAAUGGACCUACCUGCAACUCAAACAGCUCGAGAGAUGCAUCUCUCCUGAAGCUAUACUGGAGUGUCUGAAGACACUCCCCGAAACUCUCGAAGAUACGUACGAAGGACUCUUGAAGGAGAUAGAGAGGAAGCCUCCCCACGACCGAGAUCUCGCGCUACGCGCUUUCAAGUGGGUUCUGGCCGCACGAGAACCGCUUCCACGGGAAGCUCUACUCGAAGCAAUCCGAAUCAAUCCUGACAGUAUGGAUACAAAGUUGUGUGCCUCAAUUAGCGCCGAUGCAUUGUUGGCAUUAUGCCGCAAUCUUUUAGUCAUCGAUUCCGAGCGGGACGUAUGGAGAGUAUCGCAUUUAUCGGUCGCAGAGUAUUUUGAGCUCCGUAAAAGCUGGACUGCUGCAGUCACCAACCUGAUGGUGGGCAAAGCGUGCUUACUGUUUAUGUUGAGCGAAGCUUGGAAUGAAACCACGCACAAAUUUCCUCGCUACCAAUGGGAAGAGACGCCCGAAUGGUCCUGCUUUACACGAACAUUCAUCUACUACAUCUCCUUUUUCUGGCCAACACAUAUUGCGAUCUUAAACCCUACCGGCGAGUCGACAGAGGUAUUUUCUCCUGUAGUUGAGCUUCUGGAGAGGUUUCUCGGUGCUCCGCAGGAUAGCAGCGCGCAAUACCGAAUCUGGGCUCAGUGGUAUGGUGAAGGUUUAAGUCCUCCUAAAUACUCUAUACUGGCCGUGUGCCGAUUUGGAUUCCACCAACUAUCGGACUCAUGGUGGAAUAAUGGCGAGCUAAAUCUAGCCAGUACUAAUCUUCAUGGUCGAACCUACGUGCUGCUUGCUGCGGAAUAUGGCCAUAUCCAAAUUCUGCGGAUCCUUCUGGCAAAAGGUGGUACUGUUGGGAUACAAGGCGGACCCGACGACACAAGCAAAUUCACGCCACUGAUCAUGGCUGCCUAUUAUGGACAUAUUGAGGUGGCCAGAUUUCUGCUGAAGGACGCUAAAGCGGACGUGAAUUUGGAGGUAGGCGGGGCGCAUUGGAGUCCAUGCGCAUUUGAAGCGGCCAUACGUCGAGAAGAUAUGGACAUGCUGCAGCUAUUGAUCUUUGAAGGCCACGCAGAAGUGAACAUGCACCUGAAAUGCGGUGGCAGUCCAUUGGCUAUGGCAACUCGUUCCAAUUGGUUGGAGGGCACGAAAUUCUUGGUGGAGCAGGGCGGAGCAGAUGUCGAUAUGGUUCUGCAAUACGGACCGUACGGUAGCGCCCUGGAUGCCGCUGCUAGAAAUUUCGACUCUCUGAAUAUAAUAAAAUAUUUGGUGGGAGUUAAACGUGCAAACGUGAACUUGGCCCUCCAGGUUGGUGAAUACGGGAGUGCAUUGGCGGCUGCCGUCAUGGAAGGGAAUUCAGAAUGUGUCCAAUAUUUGAUCGAGGUCGGAAAUGCUGCCGUCAACAUACCGCUCUCGAGAGUAUAUGGUAAUGUGUUGACUGUGGCAGUGGGGAAGUGGAGAAGGGAAUUCCCGAUGAUUAAUGGUCUCACGCUUGAGCGGAGAGAUAUCGUCCGGGCUCUGCUUGGGGCAGGUGCCUCUGUUGUGUCAGAUGUUGGGGAUGGUGUGAUCGUGGAUGCAUUUGAAGUUUUUAAUAGAGGUACCUGGCCGAGAGUAAGGCCCGGAAUUGCGACUGAUGAAGAGUAUUGGUGGAGGGCUAAAGCUAGUGAGGAGAGGGUUAUAUUCGACGAAGACGGUGCUGAUGAUAUAACGAACGCAGUCAGGAAGGCCACGCUUGUUGAGCUACAUACGGCAAUGUGGCAGCAAUAUAAUAGUGGCACCCUUGGUAUUGAAGCAGCCAGAUAUGUGGAACGGAUGUACCGUGAAGACAAUAUCCCGAGACUUUCUGAGACAGAUUUGAACAUAAUAUCGAGGUAUUUCGGGGAAGGCGUUAUAAUCUGA